AUGAAGGCCAGGAAAGAAGGAAAGAUGCGUGCUGCCAGUGUCCCAAGUGAUGAAGAGAGUGAGGCACAGAUGACUGAUGAUGAAGAGGAGAGCAGCACAGAAGAGAGCAGCGCAGAGGAGAGUGAGGCGCAGAUGACUGAUGAAGAGGGGAACAACGCCAACGAGAGCAGUGAGGAGGAGGAGGAGGAGGAGAACAUGAGUGACUCCAGUGAAGAUGUUGCACUGAUGAGCAAGGUAAAGAAAUCUGCUUCAGUGAAGGUCAACAAGAAGGUGCAGAAGAUCCUUGUGCCCAAGCCAGAAGAGGCAGACAUGCGAAGCCGUUACACUACUUUCCAGAUGGUGUACAGGCUGCUGAAGGACACCACCAUUGGCUACUUCACUGUGACUGUCGCUCCCAUGUCAAAGAGUGACAACAUCAGACUUGAUCCUCAUGCUGGCGGUCCCACUCUGGCUCACAACACUGUCAACCUUCGCACACUCGACGAGGGCCAUGUUGGGCGUAUUCUCACCAGUAUGAAGAGGCAGUUUGAGGGGCUGCUCGACGAGAAUGCACCCAUUCUUGCAGUUGAACGUGAAUGGCUUUCAAUUCCAACUGAUCAAAGCGAGGACAGCGGAUCGGAGGAAUUCACUCUUUAUCCUGGCACCGUCUGGACCCCACAAGCACAGGGCAAAUUUGCCUCUAUGCUGAAUGGUUCCCACCGCUUUGAGGCAUCCCUCUGCCUCACGCUGCCAGACACAAAGGCCUUGGAACAGGCACAACUUGCACUGAAGACCGUGCCAGAGGCAUCAGAGCAACAUGCUCUCGUGUCCCAGCGCAUCAGAGAUCUUGAGGACAUCAUCCGGACCAAGACAACCUGGACAGUACGGCUCUACGACAAGGCCAUGAUCGAGGCUUCGCAGUACCACGAGCAGAUGCUCUUCAUCCUCGCCCAGAACCGGGACACCGCGAAGAUGCCAGAUGAUGCUGAGUCGCAGCUCAACAUGUCUCUCCGUCUUCUGAGUGGCAAGCCAAUGGACACCUGGGAUGCUAUCAUCCCAGCAGUGCUGGGCAAGCAAAAGUCCAGUACAAUCACUCGGCUCUUGCGGUGGCGCGAGCUGUCGAGAAUGCUGGUUGAUUUGACUGAGCUUGGGCUGUUCUAUAACCCAAAGAACAUGCCUGCGAAAGUCCUAGACAUGAUGUACCGUGUGAACGGUGACUGUAUUAUUCCAAUCGUGUGUGGUCUUACACUACGCUUCAAGUUCUUGCUGCGCUGCGAUGGGUCUCCUCUUCCGGAUUGCAAGGCAUGGAUUGCACAGCACCCCAAGCAAUGGACGCUGCCUUCCACGACCACCUUGAGCCGUACAUCGACUCGUUCUUCAACUCAGACGCUGCCACCACUCAAAACAGCGAUCAAAAUCCGCAACACCAUCACCACCGAGUUCACUGACUCUGAUGGCCACUGUGACCCCGCUCUGGCUCGCAUCUUGAACCGACUUGACUGGCUCAGCGCCGGUGUUGACGCCUCUAACAAGGCUCUCCCGUCAUUUGCCACCGAGUACCCUCUUGUCUCGUCCCUACUCCUGGCAUCUCUGCCGAGGGUGUUGAACAAAGUUGAGCCUGCCCUUGCUGCUUUUGCAACCACCAUAGAGCCACUUGCACUGUUUGGUUCACGAGGUUGCGGGGAAACCGUGUAUGGAUGUCAGGAUGGGGGCUGUGGUGCUGUGUAUUGGGACCUUCAGCAGUGCAGUUCGGUAGCGGGCAGCUCGGCUGAAGGAGCGGUCGAUGGAGGGGGAUGGGUGCAUGCGAUCGGGAGGUCGUGCGGGUGCGGUCCUACAUUGAGAGCCGUAUUGGUGGAGCGGACAAGAGAGAGGCUGUUGAUGGCUUGUUCAGCACGUUCCACACUGAUGCACAUGAUAGAUAAUGUGACAUCAAUGACGGUGUACCUGAAAGGUCUACCGGGCAUUGGGCUCAACCCCUCGCGCCCCCACAUUGGUGACACCAUGUCUGUCUACAUCAAGGCGUGGUACACAGCUCUUGGCAACAUCUUGACAAGAUAUAUAUCUCUUCAAUGUCUUGAGGUUUUGGGUGGUUUUCUCUGA